AUGACUGAAGACUCUCAGAGAAACUUCCGCUCGGAAUAUGAUGAGAAAGUGGGGUUUCGUGGAGUAGAAGAAAAGAAAUCACUAGAAAUGCUCCUAAAAGAUGACCCUCUGGCUAUCGAGAAACUUCGUACUUUUAGUCAGAGGUUCCCCCUCCCGUCCAUGUACCGCGCCCUGGUGUGGAAGGUGCUUCUAGGGAUCCUGCCUCUGCACCAUGAGUCCCAUGCCCAGAUGAUGGCCUACCGCCGGGAGCACUUGGACAUCCUGCACGCCCUGGGGGGCAUCCACUUCGUGGGGCCUAGCACGCCCCAGGUGGAAGUCUCUCUUCGUAUGUACCAGCUAGAGUCCGGGAAGCUGCCACAAAGCCCCUCUUUUCCGCUGGAGCCCAAAGACAAGGUGUUUCUGGCCAUCGCGAAGGCCAUAGAGGAGAUGGUGGAGGACAGCGUGGACUGCUACUGGGUCAUCCGCAGCUUCGUCAGCCCGUUAAGGAAGUACCGGGACGCUCUGCCCCAGCUGCCAAAGGCAUUUGACGAUUACUUGAAUCUGGAAGACAGCAGGCUGCUGCAUCACCUGAAGACGUGUUCUUCACUCUCCAAACUGCCCUAUGACUUCUGGUUCAAGAACUGCUUUGUGGGCUGCUUGCCCGAGUCCAGUCUGCAGAGAGUUUGGGACAAAGUCGUAAGUGGAUCUUGUAAGAUCCUUGUGUUUGUAGCAGUGGAAAUUUUGUUAGCCUUCAAGAUAAAAGUAAUGGUGCUGAGAAGAUCAGGGCUGAACAGUGCUGGGAAGAUCACCAGGCUCCUGGAAAACACCCCCCAGGACAGCUUGGACGCCAUCGUGAGCAAGGCCAUCAACUUGUGGCACAAGCACUGUGGGACUCUGGCACAUUCUGCCUGA